AUGGGCUCUAAUGUAAGAUCAUCCCUUUUCCCCCUCUUCCUUCUCUUGACUUCAUUAUUCUCUACACAAGCCCCUGCCAAAAACACAAGCCUCGACUUCACAUCCUUCUCUUUCCUCAACCUUACCCUCCUCGGAGACUCCUAUCUCAGGAACGGGUCGGUGGGGCUCACUAGAGAGACCGGUGUACCCUCAUCGAGCUCUGGUACUGCCAUAUGCAAUCUCCCUAUCCAGUUCUAUGACCCUAGAGAGAAUACCUCUGCUUCUUUCUCUACCAAGUUCUCCUUCUCGAUCACAAACCCAAAUCCUGAAUCAUAUGGCGAUGGAUUGACGUUCUUCAUGUCCCCAGGCAAUGGAACACUGGGAAGCACAGGGGGGUAUCUUGGUCUGUUUAACUCUUUAAGUGCCUCCAACAAUGUAUCUAUCAUUGCCAUUGAAUUUGACACCAGGUUGGAUGAGGGAUUCAAUGAUUCAAGUGACAACCAUGUCGGUUUUGACAUCAACAGCCCCAUUUCAGUCAAGGCGGAGGAUCUUAGUCCCCACGGAAUCGAACUCAAGAGUGGGAAUCUUAUUACAGCUUGGAUCGAUUACUACAACGAUGAGAGUAUGCUGAAGAUCUGGCUGGGAAACUCCAGUGAUAAGCCCAGAAAUCCUGUCAUGUUUAUGAAACAUGACCUCUCAAAGCAUUUUCAGGAGUAUAUGUACGUUGGUUUUUCAGCAGCAACAGAGGGAAGUACUGAGGUCCACACGAUUGAAGGGUGGAGCUUCCGGACCUUUGGAUUCACUACCCCUAAUCUCUCAUCUCAUGUUCCUUACAAUGUGUCUGAUAGCUCGUGGAGCAAGAUUCCGACGAUGCCCAUCACCGGCCCUCACAGUAGCUCUUACAAUAAGCUCAGUCUCAGCCUAGCAGUCAUAGGUCCUGUGGCACUCUGUAUGGCCUUCGUUAUGUUCGUCUGGAUUUCAGUUACAAAAUGGAUGGAGUUGAAAGCAAGUAAAGAGGGCUUGAAAUCAGAGCUCCUGAGGGGCCCAAGAAAAUUCAGCUAUAGGGAGCUCAGCUCAGCGACCAGAGGAUUCCACAGCAGCAGAAUUGUUGGAAAUGGAGCAUUUGGAAUGGUAUACAAAGCGGUUCAUCCUGGAUCCGGCAUCACAUACGCAGUGAAGCGGUCAAAGCAAGCCCAGCAAAGCCAGAAAGAGUUCAUUGCCGAGUUGUCCAUAAUAGCUUGCUUGAGGCAUAAGAAUUUAGUCCAGCUUGAAGGUUGGUGUACUGCGAAGGAUGAAUUGUUGCUCGUGUAUGAGUUCAUGCCGAAUGGAAGCCUUGAUCAGGCCCUUUACUGCAGACCUGAAUCGAUGCUUAAAUGGUCCCAGCGGUACAAUGUAGCCACCGGCAUUGCCUCUGUUCUCACCUACCUGCAUCAAGGAUGCGAACAGCAAGUGAUCCAUAGAGACAUAAAGACCAGCAAUAUAAUGCUGGAUGCCAAUUUUAAUCCAAGACUAGGAGACUUUGGCUUGGCAAGGUUGAUGGAUCACAAUAAGAGCCCUGUUUCAACUUUGACUGCUGGGACAAUGGGGUACCUUGCACCUGAGUAUCUCCAGUGUGGUACGGCCACAGAAAAGACCGAUAUAUUCAGCUAUGGGGUCGUGAUACUGGAAAUUUGUUGUGGGAGGAGGCCAAUUGAUACAGAAGAUGGCCAGGAUCAUAAGUUGGUCAAUUUGGUUGACUGGGUUUGGGGAUUGUAUUCAAAGGAUAAGCUUAUCGAAGCUGCAGACCAAAGAUUAAAUGGCGAGUUUGAUAGGGAAGAAAUGUUGAGACUUUUGCUUGUGGGUCUAAGCUGUGCAAAUCCAGAUUGCACCCAGAGGCCUGCAAUGAGAAGGGUUCUUCAGAUUCUCAACUCUGAGGCAGAGCCCAUAUCUGUGCCUAGAAUGAAGCCACUCCUUGUGUUUACUUCUCAUCUGAGCAUGAAGGAGAUCGUUUCUGACUGUGAGGAAAGUGCAAGGUCCAGCCCACUAUAUGAACUCAAAAUCAAUUGAGUUUAGAUGAUUGUUUAGUUUGGAUUAUAGUUAUUUCUUAUGAACUUGAUGGGUUGACUUAAUUGUUCUUUCGGCUUUGCUUAUUCAUCUGCUGUUAUGAAUCUCUUUAAAAUUUUGGAUGCACAUGGUAUUGAAGCAAUCAAAUUUUUGCAUAAAAUGAAGUCUUAGUU